CUUCACAAAACCCCUAACCUCUCUCUAUCUGCUCCGCUGCGAUUCCCCUUUUCUGCGAUUGCCUUUGCCUGCUCGCCGGAGGAAACUGAGGGAUUAUGUCCACUGCAGCGCAAGCUUUCAACGGAAAUCUCAAGAAAGCACUUGCUGGAUUGAAGCGAAUCAAUUUGGAAGGGCUGAGAUGGAGAGUUUUUGAUGCGAAAGGACAGGUUUUAGGAAGGCUAGCAUCGCAUAUAUCGACCGUGGUUCAGGGCAAGGACAAGCCGACAUAUAGACCCUAUCUGGAUGAAGGAGAUAUGUGCGUCGUUAUAAAUGCCAAAGAUGUAUGCGUCACCGGGAGGAAAAUGACCGAUAAGUUUUACCGCUGGCACACAGGGUACAUUGGCCACCUCAAGGAAAGGAGUUUAAAGGAUCAGAUGGCGAAGGAUCCCACGGAAGUUAUUCGAAAAGCUGUUCUACGAAUGCUUCCAAGAAACAAAUUGCGCGACGAUAGAGACCGGAAGUUGAGAAUAUUUGCAGGCGACGAGCAUCCUUUUGGAGAUAGAUUACUCGAACAUUAUGUAAUGCCUCCAAGAAAAGUCCGCGAAAUGCGGCCUCGCGCUAGGCGAGCUAUGAUUCGUGCUCAGAAGAAAGCCGAACAAGAACAAGAGAAGGAUGGCGCGAAUUCGAACAAAGGGCAAAAAUGGAAAGAAGCGGAACUAGUCGACGCUUAAAGGUAAGAACUUUAUAGGUGCGUUUCUUUCGAGUUUCUACUCAGGUUUUUACUAUUUGAAUAUGCUUUUGAAGUUUAGAUCUAGACUGUUUCAAAAAAAAAAAAAAAAAAAAAUUACGUAUGCGCGCCCCGAAUUUACUACAAGAACAUCGGUUCGGGUAUGGUGUCGAAUUUAAUAGCCAUGAAAAUUGUUAAUUUUUGGGGGCCGAUCAUAAAACAUUGUUGCGAAACUUAAAAAAGUUGCUCUAUUAAGGCUUUUAAAAGUUA